AUGGCUCGCUUUCUUAGUACCGUCGCGGGUUUCUCUCUUGCCUCCAUUGCUCUUUCGUCGCCUCUCACACCACAGCUUCAUGCACAUUACAAUGCAUCGAGUCCCUGUGCGCAAGUGAGUGCAUCCGUUGCGACGCAAACUGCUACGGUACCUACCGUUCCUGCACAAUUGGCAUACGAAUGCAUCACAUCGGUUCCCUUCAAUCAAUCUGCCGCGCUUGCGCUCGUUGAUGGCGUGGUGCCAUACUUCAGGUGGCAAAGCAACACCGCUUGGCUCAAAGAUCCCCCGAAAGAGUACGUAGAGAAAGUACAGCCAGCGGUCGAUGUUUGGGGUGGGCUGGAGAAGAUCAGAGAGAAGAUUGUUGGAGAUAAAUACGACAGCGAGUUUGAGUUUGGAUUCGAGCUCUACCUUCUCCUUCAAAGCACACACGACGGGCACUUCGUCUACGUUCCCGAUGUUAUAGGGACCGUUUUCAACUAUGCGCGACCUGUUCCUCUUGUAUCUGCCUCAUCAGAUGGCAAGGAGCUACCAAAGGCCUAUGUCUAUGCUGAUGUCUUGGGCGAGUCAUUCGGUAACGCUUCGUUCAGCGCAUCUCCAAUUAGUAAGAUCAAUGGCGAGCACGCGAAGGACUUUCUGGAGAAUUGGGCCCAGUAUGGAUCUCUCCAGGAUAGGGACGCACUUUACAACGGCGUCUUUUAUGAGCUGGCCACUGUAUCUCUCGGACCAGUUGGGUCGGGUAUUGGAACUUUUGCUGGAUCGGGGCGAGGCCGAUGGAUCUACCCCGGCCCUACCACAGAGCUCGAGUUUGAGAACGGCACCAGCAGGACCUACAACAACUACGCAAAGGUCCUGAUUCCCUUUAAUGGAAUCACGGACGGCGAAAGCCUGUAUAAGCUUUGGUUUACCGGCAACCCACCCACUAAGGCUACGGAGCCUACUCCUUCAAAUUCCACGACACCUACGCCUUCAGCUACCGCCACUGCUUCUGCCGCACCUACUAUUCCUGCGCCCGGCUACCCACCUCCAGUUAUUCGUGAAUCACACAACCUGAUUGGUGGCUAUUUCCUAGAGGAUGACUACUCAGAUGUUGCUGUUCUCUCAGUGCCCUCAUUCGUUGGCAUCAGUGCGCAAAAGGCCUUCCAGUCAACUGCGGAGAAGUUCCUCGCAGCCGCAAAAGCUGCUGGUAAGAAGAAGUUGGUCGUCGAUGUUCAGGCCAAUGGCGGUGGUACUAUUUUGCUUGGUUACGAUCUCUACAAGCUGCUGUUCCCCAAUAAGCUUGGACACGCAGCCGCUGAUCGUUUCCGCGCAUUCGAAAGUACGGAUGUUCUCGGACAGAAGUUCUCUGAAGUUGCUGAAGGUCUACCACGUAUUCUUGUCCCUGAAGACGGGAAUGAGACGCUUGCAGAACUGAUCGACGAUGUUGCUUCAUCAGUUUUCAACUAUCAAACUGAUACUGACGUGAACGACCGGUCCUUCCCUAACUGGGAUGCGAAAUUCGGUCCACAAUUUCAAAAGGGCGACAACUUCACCAACCUUUUUCACUGGAAUCUCUCGGACGUCUUGACGCCGUUGAACUCUGGCGGCAUCUACAUCCACGGAUAUGGUCCACUUUCAAACUACACUACCCAGCCCUUCGCGGCUGAAGACAUCGUUGUAGUAACGGACGGCUACUGCGCAUCCACAUGCACCAUUUUCUCCGAGCUCAUGCGCCAGCGCGCAGGCGUGAAGUACAUCUCACUCGGCGGUCGUCCCCGCGAAGGAAUAACGCAAGCCGUCGGCGGAGUCAAGGGCACUAACAAUUUUCCAUGGACGUACAUACAAUCUGUUGCCCAAUUCAGCGUGCAGAACCUGAGCUCUACGCCUGAAGAAGCCGCGCAACUCAACAAAACUGAACUGAGCGAGUACUGGAGCGACGUCCCCUUCGACCGCGCAUCUAUCGGCAACGCAAUCAAUGUCAACUUCCGAGAUGGCAUCCGCGAUGCUGACCUCGAAGGCGCAUCGGAUGUCCCAUUACAAUUCGUCUACGAAGCUGCUGAUUGCAGGAUAUUGUACACGAAGCAGAUGACCGUAGAUGUCACCGCGAUCUGGAAGGCAGUCGCGGACACCGCUUGGGCCGGUAAGAGUCAUUGUAUCGCUGGCAGCCUUGGUGGAUAUCGCACGACGUUGGCGAAGAGGGAGUUGAGCAUCCAGGAUAAGGUGCUGAGUCGUAGGACGAAGCAGUGGAGGAGGGAAUUGAGGGAGCAGGAUUACCCGCUGGAUGUGCGGACGGACCUGAGGAAUGUCAAAUUUGCGGGUGAUGGAAUCAUGUGGCCGUAG